AUGCGGGUUCCUAUAUCACAUUUUACCUUAAUUGCCUUGGGCCUGUCCCCCGUGCACGUCCUCGCAGCGGACACGCUUAGCACAAAUGGCAUUUCAACCUGUCUGACAGGCGCAGAAAUACAAGUGCAAAAGUUGGACGUCACUUACACGCGUUCCACUAGAGUGGUAGUCUUCGAUGUGGCCGGAACAAAUGAAAAACAGCAGAACGUUACCGCAUCUCUGUCGGUUUAUGCAUACGGCAAUGAAAUAUAUAGCAAGUCAUUCGACCCUUGUGGCUCGGAGAAUCAUGUCGAGGAACUUUGUCCUGUCCCUUCCGGCGUCUUUCAAGCGACUGGUUCGCAAGAAAUUCCAGAAUCCUUUGCUAGCCAGAUUCCCGCGAUUGCUUUUGCCAUACCCGAUUUGGAUGGGCAAGUAAAACUGGAGCUGAAGUCCAAGGAUGAUAUCCACGAAGUUGCUUGCAUUGAAACACAGUUGUCGAACGGAAAGUCGGCGCAAAUGCCAAGCGUCACUUAUGCAGCCGCCGGUGUAGCAGGUGCCGCUCUGGCAAUGAGUGGUCUGUCUAUCAUAGGUGCUGCCGGUCAUCCCGGGGCAGUCUCUUCUAGUCCGGGGUUUGGUGAUGUCAUGGGAUGGUUCCAUAGCAUGGCUACAAACGGCAUGCUCAGUGUCAACUACCCAACAGUGUAUCGCAGCUUCACGAAGAAUUUUGCCUUUAGCACCGGUUUAAUCCCGUGGGGUCAAAUGCAGCAGUCUAUCGAUAACUUCCGAAAGUCGACAGGCGGAAACCUCACAGAGAACAGUUACGACUUCCUUCGCAAUGCUACACUCGAGUUUUCAAAUGGCUCGUCGACGGACACAAGUUCUAAAGUCAAGCGAGGAUUCAAUUUAAUUAUAGGCGCUGCUGACUUGGGUAUACGUGAUGUUUCAACUUCUUAUAGUGCGAAUUCGACAUCUGGCGAGGCUAGUGAUGACACAGUCAAAAAGGUUGUCUCUGGUAUAGAGGCUUGGGCGGAACAGCUUACCAUCCCUCAAGCGAACAUAUUUAUGACAUGCCUGCUGAUAUUCGCUAUUGUUAUAGCUGCUAUUACGGUGGGCAUUUUACUGCUUAAAGUUAUCCUUGAGUUAUGGGCGUUGUAUGGAUCAUUCCCUGCAAAGCUCACGAAUUUUCGCAAGGACUACUGGGGUUUGUUGGCCAGGACUAUUACCAACCUGAUUCUUCUUCUCUAUGGGAUUUGGGUCUUGUAUUGCGUCUACCAGCUCACCGGUGGAGAUUCGUGGGCCGCGAAAGUAUUGGCCGUUGUCACGCUUGUCAUAUUUACCGGUGUCCUGCUUUUUUUUGGUCUCCGAAUCUGGUAUGUGGCUCGUAAAUAUAAAGCAUCUCAAGGUGAUGCCUCUGGCUUGUACGAGGAUACAGAGACCUGGCGGAAGUACAGUCUUUUCUACGACAACUACAAAAAGGAUUACUGGUGGCUCUUCGUCCCUGCGAUCGUGUACAUGUUUGUCAAGGGUGUAAUCAUCGCUGCGGGCAAUGGUCAUGGCCUCGUUCAGUCCGCGGGUCAACUCAUUGUUGAAGCUCUUAUGCUAGCACUUCUGCUAUGGUACCGGCCAUAUGUUGCAAAGUCGAGCCAGUGGAUCAAUAUCAGCAUCCAGGUGGUCCGUGUAUUGUCCGUUGCUUGUGUGUUGAUCUUUGUUGAGGAGCUUGGUCUUUCGCAGACUACCAAGACUGUGACGGGUAUUGUCCUUAUCGUUGUGCAAUCCGCCCUCACAGGCAUCUUGGCCAUCCUCAUUGCCGCUAACGCUAUCAUUCUUUGUGUCCGAGAAAACCCCCAUGCGAAACGGAGAAGAGAAGCCAAAAAAAUGAACCGUGAUAUCGAUGAUUUGACUCCUUUGGAUGCGCGGGAGUCGCUUCUUAUGGAGAAUCCACCCCGAAAAGAGUACACAGAGAUGAGCAAGUUUAAUUUCACCGGCCCUUACGAACCCUAUCGGGACCACUACGAUUCGAAGUCACGAUCAAGCCCUACAGGAAGCACAGACCGUUUGGUGGAUCCUCCUGGCUAUCAUGAAAGUCAACAUGGUCGAAGUCUCAGUCGAGAAAGCCGGCAUACCCGUGAUAGUCGUGGUUCCCCGGAUGGUCGUAAACCUACCGCUCCAGGUUAUGGCUUCGCCUAUUGA